AUGAAUUUUGAGCCCUCAGUGUGCUGGUCAAGCGCAAUUUCAUCCAGUGCAUUUUUUCAAAUUGGUGAUGGUCAUGGAAGAAGCCAGUGGUCCAUCAAGUCCUCAAGUACACCCCUGCAAAUAUCCUCUAUUACUCUGCCCCUGGCCAAGCUCAAGUUCUGUGAUGAGUCACACUUCAUCAUGUGCCAGCUUCACCACACCCAAGUCAUCAGCCCUGUUGACAACCCCUUCUACAUUGACAUCUGUUUGGAUUCCAACUCAGAGGAGGACUUUUUCAACUUUGUUGUGGCUGCUGUUGCUGCCAGCCACCUUGCAAAUGGUGACUUUUUCAUUGUUGAUAAUGCCAGUAUCCACUUUGGCUGGGCCACUCAACCUUGGCUUAGGCUUCUCUUUGCGUGCCAUGGCAUUUUGACACCUGAGUUCCAGCUUCUGCAGCUUCUCCUUCAAGCCUUGACACAGCUCACCUACCAUCAGCUUGUCAACAUGUAUGUCCAUUGUGUGAACAUACUGGAGCGUCACAAAUAA